GGAACUGGGUGAGGCAGUCAACAUACUGCUGGAUAAGCUGCUUGUCUCAGUUAGGAUCCUUACAAGACAGACACGUUUCUUCAGAUGAUGGCUUCAAAGGAGACGAUGUCAGAGCUGGAGAGUAGCAUGGCCAGUAUCAUCCGAGUUUUCCACAAAUACUCGGGUCACAAGUGCAAUCUGAAAAAAGCUGAGCUUAAAGAACUCAUCAACAAUGAGAUGAGUCAUUUCAUAAUGAAAAUCCAGGAGAAUGAGACCCUGGAUGAGCUCUUUGCGGACCUCGACCAGAACGGAGACCUGGAGAUUGACUUCAAAGAGUUCAUCACCCUCAUCUCCAUGGUGACCUCAGCAUGCCAUGAGCUCUUUAUCCCAAGUCAACAGAACUGAUUAGCAUGUACACUAAUAUCUCACAACACAAUGAGGAACAUAGGAGCAGUGUCUGCAUUCUUUAAGUGGGAGUGAAUAAUGAAUGCCCAUUAAGAUGACAUCUGAGUAGAUUUUGACUUGGAAGGCAGGUUGUUGCAUGCUAAAAUAGAGAAAAAUAGAUAAAUAUACAGUAUGCAAAUCUAUGCACUGAUCCAAUACCACAUCAAAUAUUUUAGUUUCACUCACAUAAUUCUGCAAGUUUUUUUCCAGAUAUUUUAAGUGACAGCAAUUAUGUUACUGUCUUUAAUAUCAACUGUGGCUGCUCUAAUAAUAAGCUAUUUAAAGGACGUGGCUGCUGUGCAUAUCUGAGGAUUCUCAGUCAUCCAUCCCGGAGCUGUAAGUGUGAAAAACUGGACACGCGUAUGUUGUUUCUUGAAGACGUCUCACCUCUCAACCAAGAGACUUUGCAUACUUGUACAACUCCUGACAAUAAUUGCUGUGCAGUUAUUUAUUUGUGUUCUUCAGUUAUGAUUGUCAAACCAUAUCAUAAAAUUAAAAACGUCUAUGGCA